AUGGAGCCGGCUUUGCGUCGGGCGGCUCGCAGCCUGUGUGGGCACUGCUCAGCAUCUCUGCGGAAGCAGGUGAUUGCAGGAGCAGCGUUGAAGCCAGCGUCGAUUCGGAGUAUACACUCUGCCAAGUCGUUGGACGCUAACCGUAUGGUUACUGGAUCUAAGUUGACGACAACUGCCCGCGAGUAUUCAAGUUCAGCGUCCGAAGCCUCUACCAGCGAGAGAUCUCCCGCAGCGACACUUCGUUUGAGUCAGGAUGAUCUCUUCCAUCCUUUUUCUAAGUCGCCAGUUCCCGAGUUCCGUCGCCGAGCUGCCUACAUGAGACAGAAUGCAUACUGCCCUCACCCCGAUCACAAGCAUGCGAGAGUCCCACUUGAUUCGUCCACGGUUGGUGAUGCUGCUCCCGUCGCUGAAGGAGAUAUGGCUCCCGCACAUGUGGAUUUCGAGUGCCCCGAUUGCGGUAUUGCGGUCUAUUGCAGCAAAGAGCAUUGGAUGGAUGAUUAUGAAAAUCACUUGAAAAUCUGCGAUACUCUUCGUCAAAUUAAUGAAGAUGACCACGAUCUGCGAUCUGGUAGAGUUUUCCAUGAGGGUAAUCUCCCAGAUCUCCAGAUGGAGAACGCUGCGGUUAAUAUGACAAACUGGGACACCUUUAUGUAUACCCGAGAGUUUGAAGCAGUGAAUUCGGACCGUUCAAUGAGGCAAAUCACUCGACUUCUCACUUACCCGAUUACAGUUGGAAGUGUCCUCCAUGAGUUGAGCCCCUACAAUAUCCAAAAAGGCGGCCGCUUGACAGUGGAAGGACUGAAGAGUUUUAGCGCCUUGAGAUAUAACCUACAUAUUCCAAAGUCGGGUCGUGGUGCUGGCGUCAACCAGCUUCGUCCAGAGCCCCCGCCAGUAAGAUUGUUCAUUCUCGGUGCACGGGCUGAAUCAUCUCUGCCGCGACCUAUAUGGGUGCAGCUGGCGCAUUUGUUCCCUGAAUCGCGAUUGCACCUCAUCUUUAUUGGGCCGGAGAGUAUGGCCAACCGAGAUGACGAGUUUCCCUUGCCAGAACGCACGCCAUCGAAUCCAUUUGGCACCGUGGUAGAAGACCGAGUGUGGUAUAACAUGAAGAUCAGCACCAUCGUGGAUUAUUAUCAUACUAUUCACAAGACGGGACACUUUGCACCAUACGAUCCUUACUUUGACUGCUUUGUCCUCUUCCAUCCUGGCCUUGGCCACCCUGCAAGCAGCCAUGACUGGGAAGAGACUUUGCCUUUACUGCUGGAGACAAAGGUGCCCAUUAUCAGCACGGGAUAUACGCAAGUCGAUAUGGAGCGUGAUGUUGAGUGGGUCAACAAAAAGUCUGGAGGCGAGUUUGAUGUGCUGUUGGAGCCUGGAGAGAACACUUUCCGGAGUCUGCGAUGGGAUCUCGACGACAUGGACCCUCAAGAUAUUACUUGUGGUAAUUGGGGCGUUUGGGCUUUCCGAGGAAAGAGAUAUGAGACUACCACACGGGACCUAGAGGUAUAG